AUGCAGAUCUACGAGAGGGUGAAGAAUGAUUUCAAGACUGAUGUUACCUGGAACCGCGUCGCCCGUUAUGGGAAACAAGCCCUGCGUGCCACCCCGAGGGUAGCUGCAAGAUAUGUCUCUGAAAAAGCACCCAUUGUCGGGUGGCUGCCUCGAUACAACCCUCGAUGGCUCCUGACCGAUUUCGUGGCCGGCUUGACCGUGUCGCUCAUGUUGAUUCCUCAAGGUCUGGCUUAUGCCAAGAUUGCAAAGAUCCCGGUGCAAUACGGUCUCAUGUCCUGCUGGGCGCCUGCGGUCAUCUACGCCAUCAUGGGCACGACAAAAGAUGUCUCGACGGGACCAACUUCGUUGAUCGGUUUGUUGACGGCAGAUGUCGUGGAUGACCUCCAAAAGGAGGGCUACGCUCCAGAAGCAAUCUCUUCUGCGGUCGCUCUCUCCAUGGGCAUCUUCAUGGCCGGCAUAGGCGUCUUGAAGCUCGGAUUCCUGCUUGACUUCAUCUCUUACCCAGUGCUCACCGGCUUCAUUUCCGCCGUUGCCAUCACCAUUGGGCUCGGCCAAGUCGCCAAUCUCAUCGGUGAGGACAAUGUGGGCACUGGUACCGCAAACCAGAUUCAUGACAUUCUGACCAACUUCGGCACCUGCAACGGACGGGCUGCGGGUGUCGGCUUUGGCGGCAUCGUUCUCCUGGUUUUCUUGCAAAAGAUGGGCGAGAAAUGGGGCAGCAAGAACAAGAUCAUCUGGUUCUUGUCCAUCACUCGGUCCUUCAUCGCUCUUCUCUUGUUCACCGGCAUCAGCUACGGCGUCAACAAGGGUCGUGAUAGUGAUGACUACCUAUUCGAUGUCAGCAAGGUGCCUUCCCUCAACAUCCAUACUCCCAAAGCAGUGGACUCGGCUCUUCUGGGAAAAGUGGCCGGACGCAGCAUCGCCGCGUUCCUGGGUGCCUCAAUUGAGCAUCUCGGUAUUUCCCGGGCUUUCGGCUUGAGGAACAACUAUGUGAUCGAUCCCAGCCAGGAGCUCUGCUACCUCGGGGUGGCCAACAUCUUCAACAGCUUCUUCACCGUCAUGGGCGUCGGAGGGGCCAUGUCCCGGACGGCCGUCAACUCUCAAUGUAAUGUCAAAUCCCCGCUCUCUGGCUUGGUCACCACCGGCGUCAUUGUUCUCUCCAUCUACAAGAUGACGGGAGCAUUGUACUGGAUCCCAAAGGCCACCCUUGCCGCCAUUGUCAUCACAGCCAUCUGGCCACUCAUCGGCAAACCAAGCACUUACUACCAUUUCUGGAAGACCUCAUUCGCCGACUUUGUUGCCGCUAUGGUCGCCUUCUGGGUAUCGCUGUUCGUCUCGACCGAGAUUGGUAUCGCCAGCGCCGUGGGCUUCAAUAUUGUGUAUGUCUUGCUCCGCCAAGUCUUCAAGCAAGCAAAGACGGUCGGAGCGGACUCCCGUUCGGAACUUGCGGCCUCGCUGGAUUCUGCUCGCGGGAUGCCGCCGCAUAUUCCUCCGGACACCCGGGUCUUCCGCUUCGAGGAAUCCUUCUUUUUCCCCAACAUCCAGAGGGUCAAGGGCCACAUCCUCAACGUCAUUCAGACAUACCACGCUCCCGAGUAUAACAACCGCAACGGCGAGGAGGCUGAACGGAACUGGUCGGUGGAGUCAGAGAAACGCAUCGCUCGACUGCGCCGGCACGCCAAGACCCAAGGUGUCAGCUUGCCGCCGAUUCACGUUGUGGUCCUUGACUUUUCAAAGGUCAACUACUUUGACACGAGCGGUGUCGUAGGCCUGAAGAACUUCUUUGCCGAGUUGAGACACUAUGCCGGUGACGGCGUCGAAGUCCGGUUUGUUGCCCUCAGCGACAUGAUCCGUGAACGUUUCGAGCGAGCCGGCUGGACCCUGCUGGAUGGGGACAGCUCGAUGGACACCUCCAAGGUGACAUCGGUGAGAGUAUUCCGGACCGUGGCCGACGCUGUUGUGGCCUCGAGACAAGACCACGAAAUCUGCGAGGUCGUCGUCAAAUCGGACAGCAGCGAGGAGAACACCACAAUUCACCAUCGCGAGAAGAUGUGA